GCAGGCAGGGAAGCUGUGUUUGACCCGCUUGUGGUGUAUGGUGUGUGGAUGUGUGUGUGAGUGUGUGUGAGUGUGUGUGUGUGUCGCCUCGCCUACAUCCAUCCAGGUCCGCUCGCAUGCGUUUAGGAGCGCGAGCCAUCAGGUGUGUAGGUUGGUGAGGCCAUUCAWCUACCCACCAAGAUGGUGGCCUUGUCGUUAAAGAUUUGUGUACGUCAGUGCAACGUGGUGAAGACCAUGCAGUUUGAGCCAUCCACUCCUGUGUAUGACGCCUGCAGGAUCAUCAGAGAGAGAGUUCCAGAAGCCCAGAGCGGACAAGCCUCAGAUUAUGGCCUGUUCCUGUCUGAUGAGGAUCCCAGGAAAGGAAUCUGGCUUGAAUCUGGAAGAACCCUGGAUUACUACAUGCUACGAAAUGGAGACAUUUUGGAGUAUAAGAAGAAACAAAGGCCGCAAAAGAUCAAAAUGCUGGAUGGGACCAUUAAAACCAUCAUGGUGGACGACUCAAAAACAGUUGGCGAGCUACUUGUUACUAUAUGCAGUAGAAUAGGAAUCACUAACUAUGAGGAGUACUCCCUCAUUCAAGAAGUGACAGAAGACAAGAAGGAGGAUUGUACUGGGACGCUGAAGAAGGACAGAACUCUGCUGCUACGAGAUGAGAGGAAAAUGGAAAAGCUCAAAGCCAAGCUUCAUACAGAUGAUGAYUUGAACUGGUUGGAUCACAGCAGGACCUUCAGGGAGCAGGGAGUGGAAGAAAAUGAGACCCUGCUGCUCAGGCGCAAGUUCUUCUAUUCAGACCAGAAUGUGGACUCGCGGGACCCCGUUCAGCUGAACCUGCUUUAUGUUCAGGCCAGGGAUGAUAUAUUGAAUGGCUCCCACCCUGUCUCCUUUGAUAAAGCCUGCGAGUUUGCAGGGAUCCAGGCUCAGAUCCAGUUCGGACCCCACGUGGAGCACAAACACAAGCCUGGAUUCUUGGACCUGAAGGAGUUCCUGCCUAAGGAGUACAUCAAACAGAGAGGGUCUGAGAAGAAAAUAUUCCAAGAGCAUAAAAACUGUGGAGAAAUGACAGAGAUUGAGGCAAAAGUGAAGUAUGUGAAGCUUGCUAGGUCUCUUCCAACGUACGGAGUGUCUUUCUUCCUGGUGAAGGAAAAGAUGAAAGGUAAAAAUAAGCUGGUCCCAAGGCUUCUAGGGAUAACCAAAGAGUCGGUGAUGCGAGUUGACGAGAAGACGAAGGACGUGGUGCAGGAAUGGCCCCUAACGACUGUCAAGAGAUGGGCGGCCUCACCCAAGAGCUUCACCUUGGAUUUUGGCGAGUACCAGGAAAGUUACUACUCUGUUCAGACUACAGAGGGAGAACAGAUAUCCCAAUUGAUCGCUGGGUAUAUUGACAUCAUUCUUAAAAAGAAGCAGAGUAAAGAUCGUUUUGGCCUUGAGGGGGACGAAGAGGCCACCAUGCUGGAGGAAUCUGUUUCCCCUAAAAAAUCCACAAUCUUGCAGCAGCAGUUCAACAGGGUAGGCCGUGUGGAGCAUGGGUCAGUGGCCCUUCCUGGUAUCAUCCGAUCCGGCUCUGUUGGUGGCCCCGACACAUUCAAUCUGGGCUCCAUGCCCUCUGCCCAGCAGCAAAUCACCACCGGGCAGAUGCACAGAGGACACAUGCCUCCCCUGAGCCUGGCCCAGCAGGCUUUAAUGGGAACCAUCAAUAGUAGCAUGAAAGCUGUGCAGCAGGCCCAGUCUGACCUGGGACACGUAGACAAUCUGCCUCCACUAGGACACGACUUGGCAUCCAGGGUUUGGGUUCAGAACAAAGUGGAUGAGUCCAAACAUGAAAUCCACUCUCAGGUUGAUGCCAUCACUGCUGGAACGGCUUCUGUGGUCAAUCUCACAGCGGGUGAGCCAACGGAGACCGACUACACAGCGGUGGGCUGCGCCAUCACCACAAUCUCCUCCAACCUCACGGAAAUGUCUAGGGGAGUCAAGCUCCUGGCCGCAUUAAUGGACGACGAGGUGGGAAGUGGACACAAGUUGAUGGGCGCUGCCAGGAUGCUGGCAGGAGCCGUGUCAGAUCUGCUCAGAUCUGUUGAGCCUGCAGCCGCUGAGCCCAGACAGACGGUGCUGACUGCAGCAGGAAGCAUCGGACAAGCCAGCGGGGACCUGCUCCGUCACAUGGGGGAGGGCGAGACUGACGAGAAGUUCCAGGACACCCUGAUGAAUCUGGCCAAAGCCGUAGCCAAUGCAGCUGCCAUGUUGGUCCUGAAGGCCAAGAAUGUGGCCCAGGUGGCCGAGGACACCGUGCUGCAGAACCGUGUGAUUGCAGCUGCCACUCAGUGCGCCCUGUCCACCUCACAACUGGUCGCCUGCACCAAGGUGGUGAGUCCAACCAUCAGCUCCCCGGUGUGUCAGGAGCAGCUGGUCGAGGCCGGCAAACUGGUGGACCGAUCUGUCGAGACCUGUGUGAAAGCCUGCCGCUCGGCCAGCGACGACGGCGAGCUCCUGAAGCAAGUGGCCACGGCAGCCGGCGUGGUGAGCCAGGCCCUCGGCGACCUGCUGCAGCACGUCCGCCACUACGCCAGCUGUGGGGAGCCCAUCGGACGCUACGACCAAGCCACGGACACCAUCAUGAACGUGACCGAAAACAUUUUCUCUUCCAUGGGCGAUGCUGGAGAGAUGGUGCGGCAGGCUCGGGUGUUGGCCCAAGCCACCUCGGAUUUAGUCAAUGCCAUGAGGUCGGAUGCAGAGGCAGAGGUUGAUGUUGACAACUCAAAGAAACUUCUCGCUGCAGCCAAACUCCUGGCUGAUGCCACGGCUCGGAUGGUGGAGGCUGCUAAGGGGGCAGCUGCCUACCCGGAGAAUGAGGACCAGCAGCAGAGACUCAGGGAGGCAGCUGAGGGGCUACGUGUUGCCACUAAUGCUGCAGCUCAAAACGCCAUAAAGAAAAAACUAGUCACUCGGCUUGAGAUAGCCGCAAAGCAAGCCGCAGCUGCUGCGACUCAGACCAUUGCAGCUGCCCAAAAUGCUGCUGCUUCCAACAAAAACACGGCGUCACACCAGCAGUUAGUGCACAGCUGCAAGGCGGUCGCAGACAGUAUUCCCCAGUUGGUGCAAGGGAUGAGGAGCAGCCAGGCCCAACCUGAGGAGCUUGGCCCCCAACUCGCUCUCAUCAUGGCCAGUCAGAGCUUCUUGCAGCCGGGAAGUAAGAUGGUGACGUCGGCAAAGUCAGCAGUUCCAACGGUGGCUGAUCAGGCUGCUGCUAUGCAACUGGGCCAGUGUGCCAAGAAUUUAGCAACCUGUCUGGCAGAGCUCAGGACUGCGACACAGAAGGCCCACGAAGCCUGCGGUCCUCUGGAGAUUGAUUCAGCCCUCAAGACUGUACAGACACUGAAGAGUGAACUCCAAGAUGCGAAGAUGUCUGUGAUUGAUGGCCAACUUAAACCUCUUCCUGGUGAAACGCUGGAAAAGUGUGCCCAGGAUUUGGGAAGCACAUCCAAGGCUGUGGGCUCCUCCAUGGCUCAGUUGCUGACAUGUGCUGCUCAAGGCAAUGAACAUUAUACAGGUGUCGCUGCUCGAGAAACGGCGCAGGCGUUACGCACAUUGGCCCAAGCAGCCAGAGGCGUGGCAGCCAGCACCAAGGAGCCUCAGGCUGCAGCUGCAAUGCUAGACUCAGCCCAGUAUGUGAUGGAGGGCUCGGCCAUGCUGAUCCACGAGGCCCACCAGGCUCUGGUUCACCCGGGAGACGCUGAGAGUCAGCAGAGGCUGGCGCAGGUAGCCAAAGCGGUGUCUCACUCCCUGAACAACUGUGUGAACUGCCUGCCAGGCCAGAAGGACGUUGAUAUGGCUCUGAGGAGCAUCGGAGAAGCCAGCAAGAAGCUGCUGGUGGAUUUUCUCCCUCCCUGCAAUAAGACAUUCCAGGAGGCCCAGACUGAUCUGAACCACACAGCAGCUGAGCUCAACCACUCAGCAGGAGAGGUCGUCCACUCAUCUCGUGGAACCAGCAGCCAGCUGGCUGCAGCCUCGGGGAAGUUCAGCCAAGACUUUGAUGAGUUCCUGGACGCCGGCAUUGAGAUGGCAGGACACACCCAAAGCAAAGAUGACCAGAUCCAAGUCAUUGGUAAUCUGAAGAAUAUCUCCAUGGCAUCCAGUAAGCUGCUGCUGGCUGCCAAGUCUCUGUCUGUGGAUCCAGGUGCAGCCAAUGCGAAGAAUCUUCUAGCUGUGGCAGCAAGGGCGGUGACAGAGAGUAUUAACCAGCUGAUAACGCUCUGUACCCAGCAAGCAGCGGGACAAAAGGAGUGUGACAAUGCCCUGAGGGAGUUAGAGGCUGUCAGGGGUCUCCUAGGCAACCUUAACGAGCCUGUAAACGAACUCUCCUACUUUGAUUGCAUUGAAAGCGUCAUGGAAAACUCCAAGGUUCUGGGAGAGUCGAUGGCAGGUAUUUCUCAGCACUGUAAAACAGGUGAUGUGCUAGCCUUUGGGGAAAGUGUGAGUUUGGCAUCCAAAGCUCUAUGUGGGCUGACAGAAGCUGCAGGACAGUCCUCUUAUCUCGUGGGCGUUUCUGAUCCCAAUAGUCACUCAGGUCAUGAAGGGCUUGUGGACCCCAUUCAGUUUGCACGAGCCCACCAAGCUAUACAGAUGGCUUGUCAGAACUUAGUGGAUCCAGCCAGYAGUCCCUCACAGGUCUUGUCUGCAGCAACAAUUGUAGCCAAGCACACCUCCGCUCUCUGUAACGCCUGCCGUCUAGCUUCUUCRAAAACCUCCAACCCCGUGGCUCGGAGGCAGUUUGUCCAGUCAGCCAAAGAGGUGGCAAACACCACUGCCAACCUCGUCAAGACCAUCAAGGUCAACUCCCCAACUGAWCAAAACAUGUUAGAUGGGGAUUUUUCUGACGAGAACAGAAACAAGUGUCGCGCUGCUACAACUCCUCUCCUCGAGGCUGUAGAAAACCUCUCAACUUUCGCCAACAAUCCUGACUUUGCAAGCAUCCCACCUCAGAUCAGUAAUGAGGGCUCAGCAGCCCAGGAGCCCAUUGUGCGUUCAGCUCGUUGUAUGCUCGACAGCUCCACAUACCUUAUAGAAACAGCCCGCUCGCUGGUCCUCAACCCCAAAGAUCCCCCCACCUGGUCAAUUUUAGCCGGCCACUCCAGGACGGUUUCUGACUCUAUCAAAAGCCUCAUUACGUCCAUAAGGGACAAAGCACCAGGGCAGAGAGAGUGUGAUUACUCCAUUGAUAACAUCAAUAAGUGUAUCCGGGACAUUGAGCAAGCUUCCCUGGCAGCAGUUGGGCAGACACUUCCCUGCAGAGAUGAUAUCUCCAUGGAAGCACUCCAGGAGCAGCUGACAUCCUCUGUGCAAGAGAUUGGUCAUCUGAUUGAUCCUGUCUCCACAGCAGCCCGAGGCGAAGCUGCCCAACUGGGACAUAAGGUGACCCAGUUGGCCAGUUACUUUGACCCGCUCGUUGUGGCAUCAGUGGGCCUGGCCUCAAAGCUGCACGAUCACCAGCAGCAGAUGACCAUCUUGGAUCAGACUAAGACCCUGUCUGAAUCUGCCCUUCAGAUGCUCUAUGCUGCCAAAGAAGGCGGGGGGAACCCAAAGGCAUGCCACACUCAUGACGCCAUCUCCGAGGCCGCCCAGCUGAUGAAGGAGGCUGUGGACGACAUCAUGGUGACUUUGAACGAGGCAGCGAGCGAGGGGGGUAUGGUUGGUGGCAUGAUGGAGUCCAUUGCUGAGUCCAUAAGCAGGCUGGAUGAGGGCACACCUCCUGAACCUGAGGGCUCUUUUGUGGAUUACCAGACCACAAUGGUCAAGUUCUCCAAGGCCAUUGCCAUCACUGCACAGGAAAUGAUGACUAAAUCAGUGACCUGCCCCGAGGAGCUUGGUGGUCUUGCCUCCCAGGUGACAGUGGACUAUGGGCAGCUCGCACACCAAGGACGUCUUGCUGCAGCCACUGCAGAGCCAGAGGAGGUUGCUUUCCAGAUAAAAACACGGGUGCAAGAGUUGGGCCAUGGCUGUAUUUAUCUGGUCCAGAAGGCUGGAGCUCUGCAGCUCAGCCCCACUGACAGCUUCUCCAAGAGGGAGCUCAUUGAGUGCGCUCGAGCAGUCACAGAGAAGGUGUCCUUGGUUCUGUCAGCACUGCAAGCAGGUAACAAAGGCACCCAGGCCUGCAUCACAGCAGCCAGCGCUGUUUCUGGAAUUAUCGCUGACCUGGACACUACCAUCAUGUUCGCCUCAGCUGGAACACUGAACUCUGAGAACGAAGAGUCUUUUGCUGAUCACAGGGAGAGCAUUCUGAAGACGGCCAAGGCGCUUGUGGAGGACACCAAGCUGCUGGUUGCAGGAGCUGCGUCCAGCCAGGAGAAACUGGCCCAGGCUGCUCACUCAUCAGCCAAGACCAUCACCCAGCUCACAGAGGUGGUCAAACUGGGAGCAACAAGCAUGGGAUCUGAUGACCCCGAGACUCAGGUGGUUCUGAUUAAUGCCGUCCGGGAUGUGGCCAAAGCUUUGGCUGAGCUCAUCGGUGCCACCAAAUGUGCUGCAGGCAAAGCACCCGAUGACCCGUCCAUGUAUCAGCUGAAGAGCGCUGCCAAGGUCAUGGUGACCAACGUGACGUCUCUUCUAAAAACAGUGAAGGCGGUGGAGGAUGAAGCCACUCGUGGGACAAGGGCACUAGAGGCCACCAUAGAGUUCAUCAAGCAGGAGCUGACAGUGUUCCAGUCCAAGGACGUCCCGGACAAGUCCACCACGCCCGAGGAGUUCAUCCGCAAGACAAAGGGCAUCACUGUAGCAACGGCCAAGGCGGUGGCAGCAGGCAAUUCCGCUCAGCAGGACGACGUGAUCUCCACAGCCAACCUGAGCCGCAAAGCCAUCUCUGAUAUGCUGACUACCUGCAAGCAAGCAGCACAUCAUCCUGAAGUGAGCGAGGAGUUAAAAGGCAAGGCCUUGCAGUACGGCUCAGAGUGCACCACCAAAUACAUCAACCUCCUGGAGGAAGUGCUGCAGGUCACCAUGUUGGACUCUUGUUUUCAGGUGCUUCAGAGAUCUGCGCCGGAGCAGAAGCAGCAGCUGGCCGUGCACUCCAAGCAUGUGGCGGCGUGUGUGACGGAGCUCGUCCAAACAGCUGAGGCCAUGAAAGAUGGAGGAUCAGAGUGCGUGGACCCCGAGGACCCCAACUUCAUUGCCGAGACCGAGCUCCUCGGAGCAGCAGCCUCCAUUGAAGCUGCGGCCAAGAAACUGGAGCAGCUCAAACCCAGGGCCAAGCCCAAGCAGGCAGAUGAGACGCUGGAUUUUGAGGAGCAGAUCCUAGAAGCAGCAAAGUCCAUCGCUGCAGCAACUAGCGCUCUUGUGAAAUCUGCCUCUGCAGCUCAGAGAGAACUGGUGGCACAAGGGAAGGUGGGAUCCAAUGUAGCCAAUGCAGUGGAUGAUGGCCAGUGGUCACAGGGUCUCAUAUCAGCUGCCCGUAUGGUGGCAGCGGCCACCAGUAACCUGUGUGAAGCAGCUAACGCCUCGGUGCAGGGCCACGCCAGUGAGGAGAAGCUCAUCUCUUCAGCCAAGCAGGUCGCGGCCUCCACAGCUCAGCUGCUGGUAGCUUGCAAAGUAAAGGCCAACCACGAUUCUGAAGCCAUGAGAAGACUACAGGCUGCCGGCAACGCUGUGAAGCGAGCUUCAGACAAUUUGGUCAAAGCGGCUCAGAAAGCAGCGUUUGACAAAACCGAGGAUGACAGCGUUUUGGUGAAGACCAAAUUCGUUGGAGGCAUCGCUCAGAUCAUCGCCGCUCAGGAAGAGAUGCUGAGGAAGGAGCGGGAGCUGGAGGAAGCCCGGAAGAAGCUGGCUCAGAUCCGACAGCAGCAAUACAAGUUUCUGCCCAGCGAACUGAGGGAGGACGAGGGCUGACCGAGGCAGAGCGCACCGCGUGUGUGCUGACAUGCAGCUAUAAGACCCUCUUCCCAGCGGGAGACCGCUUUUACUCGGACACAAUUAUUGAACACACAGCACUUGAAAACAGGCCUGUUUGGUGACGGGGAAAAGAGAAAAAAAAACAAGUGCCUGUGCUCUGUGGUGUAUUUGUAUGAGUGUGUGUGAUGUGUGUGUUUGUCGGUGAAUGGCAUUGACAAUUCAGACUUUAAUAUAAAGAAGGUUGUUAUUGUUUGAAAACGGACACAAGGAUCAAGUUAUUUGAUUAAAUCAAUCUUUACUUUA